AGUGCAUUAAAUGUCUCACUUUCCACUUACUGCUAAAUCCAUUAAUUAAUCCAACUCUCUCUUCUCUCGAUCUCUCUGGAAAUGGAACAAAAAUCCCACAAAAACAAAGGCAAAUGUAGAACACAGAUAGAGAGAUAUAACAGAGAGAAACAAACCAUUCGAGAGAGAGAAUAACUAAGUAAACUGUCUGCAACUAAACAGGAAAGCUUUCCCUAUAUGCAUGCAUUCAUGGGUUGCUCUGCUUCUCGUUUCACCAGACCCACCCAACUCGACCAACCCUCCAACAACAACAACCCAUCUUCAUCUUCUCAAUAUUCUUCUGAUUCCCAUUCAACCCCUCCUCCAAUCUCUCGAUCUCUCUCUCUCCCAACCCCUCUCAUCCACCACCUACCUCUCCGCAAAGGCGACUCCAACCACUUCGUCUCUCUCACCUCCUCCACCUAUGGCUCUCCAUUCCACAACGACCCAAUUCAUAACCCUAGCUCUAAUCCCAAUUUGAACUCUCAUUGUCGCUUCAAUCGCUCCUCAUCACCGACCCACAUUGCCAGAGCCCAAACCCGAAAAGACCCAAAAGAGCAAUCUUCACCUGACUAUGUUAUCAACACUUGGGAGCUCAUGGAAGGUCUUGAUGAUAUCGAAUUUGAUGCUGUUCAGAAACCAAAUCCGGAAAAGCCCAAUUCGUUUCAGUACAUGGGUUGUAAUGGGUCUGCUAAGAAAGUUUGUGAUUCAUUUGAUUCACUGAGUUCUCUUGAAAUCGUUGAAAAUCCCCAUUCGAGGCCUUUAUGGAAGCACUUUUCGGAGGAGUCGUUGUUAGCGACAAUGGACUCGAAUGUGGUUUCCAGGUAUAGACAAGCAUUGUCGUCGAAGCAAUUGGGGUGUAGAGAUACAAUGCCCCAAAAAAUUAGACCUGUGGUGUCUAGCACUAAGAAUGGAGGAGAUAAAAUUGUUGUGUAUUUUACUAGUUUGCGAGGAAUUAGGAGGACUUACGAAGAUUGUUGCGCGGUUAGGAUGAUUUUUAGGGGCUUCAGGGUGUGUGUAGAUGAAAGGGACAUUUCUAUGGAUUCAGUGUAUCGAAAGGAGUUGCAGAGUGUAUUGGGAGGGAAGACGGUGAGCCUGCCGCAAGUUUUUAUUGGAGAGAAGUAUGUUGGAGGUGUAGAUGAGGUUAAGAAACUCAAUGAGUGUGGUGAAUUGGCAAAGCUUUUGGAAGGGUUUCCAGUUCGGGAUUUGGGGUAUGUUUGCCGGAGUUGUGGGGAUGUAAGGUUUGUGCCAUGUCCAAAUUGUAAUGGGAGUAAGAAGAUUUUCGAGGAAGAGGAAGGGAGGUUGAGGAUGUGCCGGGAUUGUAAUGAGAACGGGUUGAUUCGAUGCCCGAUCUGCUGCUCUUGAAUGCUGGUUCCGAUUAGUGAGACAUGCAUAUGGUAUUUGUCAUGAGGAAAAAAAAAAAAAAAAAACUAGUAACGAAGUGUUUAUAUUUAUGUUUUUAGGGUUAUAUUUGUGACUAAUUUGAUCCGUCUAUAUUGUUUAGCUGUUGAUGUUCUCGUUCAUUGUCUCUUUGGACAAACUUGAAAUUAAAAAAAUAACGUUAUUAGCUUGCUCCCAUUC